CAAUAAUAAUUCAGAAAUGCUCCGUAUGUUUUUGUUGUAGACUGGGAGGCUAUUCGCAGCACCUAGGUGUUCGUCGAGCUAACUGAGAAGAACAAUGGAUCGGCGCAGCCAAGUGGCGCCUCACCUCGAGCCAUGGCGGAGCCUCGGCCACAAGGUUGUGCUGGUCACCGGAGCCUCGUCGGGGUUGGGACGAGAGUUCUGCCUCGAUUUGGCCAUAGCCGGCUGCAGAAUCGUCGCCGCGGCGCGCCGAAUCCAUCUGCUUGAAUCUCUCUGCCACGAGAUAAACCGGACCGGGUCCGUGGAGCCGAACUCCGGCCUGCCGACACGAGCGGUUGCGGUGGAGCUGGACGUGAGCGCGACUGGGACUGCCAUUGACGCGGCUGUGCAGAGGGCUUGGGAUGCGUUUGGCCGGAUCGAUGUCUUGAUUAACAACGCCGGCAUUAGAGGAAGGGUACACAGUACAUUGGAUGCAACCGAGGAGGAAUGGGAUAACCUCAUUAGAACAAACUUAACAGGCACAUGGCUUGUGACAAAAUCUGUGUGCCUGCGCAUGUGCAAUGCAAAACAAGGAGGGUCUGUCAUCAAUAUCUCUUCAACUGCUGGUCUUAACCGCACACUAUUACCCGGGAAUCUUGCUUAUGGUUGUUCAAAGGCGGCUGUCAACACGAUGACGCAGGUGAUGGCACUUGAACUGGGAAAGCACCAGAUAAGAGUAAACUCAAUAUCUCCUGGAAUUUUCAAGUCUGAGAUAACGGAGAAGCUCCUGGAAAGAGAUUGGCUUAAGAAUGUUGUUUUGAGGACUGUACCUCUGAGAACAUUUGGCACAUCAGACCCAGCUCUAACAUCACUGGUACGAUACCUAAUUCACGACUCGUCUCAAUAUGUAACGGGCAACUGUUAUAUCGUUGCUGCUGGAGCUACCUUGCCUGGAGUCCCCAUUUUCUCCUCUCUUUGAAACAAACAUGCCAAUUUGUUGGACAUUGUAAAUAAUGAAUGCUCUCUUAAAAAAGACUGGAAUCUUUGUAUAUCUACAAUUGGCUUUUUGUGUUGUACAUUAUUUUCCAAGGCAAACUUAAUUGUAGAAGUUUUUGCAUUAUAAGAUUACAAUGGCAUGAUCACCGAAUGGGAGUUUUUUUUUUCAAUCUUAUCAUUCCCCGCUAGCGUUUGCUUUGU